AUGACAACAAUAGAUCAUCAAACGGUUUCGCAAUUACUUCAACAAGAACUCGAUUUCCAAUUUUUAGCUUUUGAUUCUUUAAUUGCUCUUGAUUUGGGUCUUUUGAUUUUAACAAAUGCUAAACAAAAAGGAAUUCCCGUAGUUAUUUCAAUUACAUUGAACUCGCAUCUUCUCUUUCAUUAUUCUAUGCCAGGAACAACUCCAGUAGAUGCUGAGAAUGUACGUAAAAAGAAUAAUGUUGUAAAUAAAUUUCAUCAUUCUUCUUUAUACGUUAAUGAAUAUUUAAAACAACAAAAUAAUUCAACGCAUCUCGUCAUUGAUGAUAAAGAUUAUUUAACAAAUGGAGGUGCAUUUCCUUUAACUGUGAAAGGUGUAGGAGUAGUGGGUUCCAUCACUGUUAGUGGUCCAUCAUCACAUUUGGAGGAUCAUGAACUUUUAGUAAUCUCUUUGAAAGAUUUCUUUGGAUUAGAAAAGGAAGGAAAAAACAAACGUUACGUUGCGAUAAUUGGUGGAGGUCUUGUUGGAACUCUUGCUACUCUUUACUUUGCGAAACGUGGUUGGGAUGUAAAUCUUUUUGAACUUCACCCACGAAUUCCAGAAAAUUCGGGAAAUUUUCAAAGAUCCAUUAAUUUGGCUUUAUCAGUUAGAGGUCUUAGUGCAUUAUCAAAGCCAAAUUUAGAUCUUGAAAAAAUUGUAUUAGAAUCAGCGAUUCCCAUGAAAGGAAGAAUGAUUCACAUUGGUAAAGAUAAACUUUCAAGUCAACCUUAUGGUAGUUUUGGCGAGAAUAUUUAUUCUGUGGAAAGAAAUUUCCUUUUAGAAUCACUUCUUAAUACCGUUGAAUCAUUUAAUAACGUGAAAAUUUAUUUUCAACAUCAAUUAAAACGUUGUGAUUUUGAUACAGGAUUACUUGAAUUUGAAAAUAAAGAAGAUGAGAAAAUGGUUCAAUAUACUGCAGAUUUGAUUGUAGGUGCUGAUGGAGCUCAUUCAACUGUUAGAAGACAAUUAAUGCGAAUAAUAAAUAUGAAUUAUCAACAAGAAUAUAUUCCACACGUUUAUUGUGAAUUAACAAUCCCAUCUAAAGUAACUGAAAAUGGAAAUGAAACAGAAUUCGUUAUGGAUUCUAAUCAUUUGCAUAUUUGGCCAAGAUAUUCUUUUAUGUUGAUUGCAUUACCCAAUAAGACAGAGAAUGAUUUAAUAAUCUUUUUUCAAAGUAACUUUCCGGAUUUUAUUCAAUUGAUCGGUGAGCAACAACUUAAGAAAGAAUUUUUCUAUAACCCAAAAGGUUCUUUAUUGUCAAUUAAGUGUAAACCUUAUCAUUAUAGAAAUAGAGCAAUCUUUAUAGGUGAUGCUGCUCAUUGUAUGGUACCUUUUUAUGGACAAGGCAUGAAUUGUGGGUUUCAAGAUGUUGAAUUACUUGAUAGCAUCUUUGAUAAAUAUAAUAUAACUUCAUUUCGUAGUGAUGAUGAUAAAUUAAAUUUGGCAUUAGAAGAAUUUACCAACAUUCGUCAACCUGAUUCUGUGGCAAUUUGUGAUUUAGCAAUGUAUAAUUAUAUUGAAAUGAGAUCUAGAGUAAUUAGUCCUUUAUAUUUAAUGCGUAAAAAAGUUGAUGAUUGGUUACAUUGGUUAUUUCCUAGAAGAUUUGUACCAUUAUAUACAAUGAUAAGUUUUUCUACUAUGAGAUAUUCUGAAGCAAUUCAAAGGUGGAAACGACAAGAGAGAUUUUUAAAUAUAACUUGGUUUACUGUUACUACAGGAAUAGCAAUUUCGGUUUUCUGGAGAUAUUAUUAUUAUCGAAGAUUACGUUGGUGA